AUGGAGGACGUGCGAGGCGCAAACCGAGAGCGAUGUCGAACGCUAGACGAGAAUCAUGACUCAGCCAUCGUCAGCGACCAUUCGACGUCAGAGAGAUCAUGCCUGGGGACGGCCCGUCGGAUAAGUUCAGAAGAUCUCGAACCGAGUGCUGGGUGUCCACGAGACUCGACGCGACUAUGCGAAGCACGUCUCCGCAUAGAUCUCCUUGAGCGAGAAGUGGAUGAGCUCAAAAGGGAAAAUGAGGACUUGAAGUUGGCGAACGCCGAGAGCUCUUCAGAGCUCCGACAAGCAAGGAGUGAGAACGCGGAACUGAGUGAUGAGCUUGGACGAUUGGCGAGUCCGGAACGGCUGGUCGAUCAUACACUCGAGCAGAAUUCAAUAAACUCACUACGGAGCGAGAACAAAUUAUUGAGAUUACGACUCAAUCAACACCAGCGCGUGCUCCGCAAUGGGCUCGAUAAUUUCAUUGCGAAAUCUGUGGAAGCACUUCGAUCCGGAGGCUCGAUGAAGAACAAGAUUGAGGAGAUAUGCGCGGCUGGAUUUGCCCCAACGGAAGGGGAAGAAAACGAUCUAAUCGAGUACGACGCGCCGGCAACUCGAAUUCCUGUCGAGCAUAUCACUCGUCUCCAGGAAGAACUGCAGGCUCUCACCAACGAGAUGGCCCACGAAAAAUUCAAUUCAAGACGGAAGAUCGACCGACUGCAGGAGAGAACGGCCCACCUAUCGAACUCAUUGUUGCGGCGGGAUGAGGAACUAGAGCGGACGACUCAGAAGCUUGAAAACGCGCUGAGCGCUCUUCAGUCCCUGAUCGUGCUUGGCGAUGGCAUUCAACAGGAACUUCAGGUGUACAGAUCCCUGCUAGACGGAGAGGAGUCUCACGGGAACGACUUGGGAUGUACUUCCGGUGUUUUUACUUGCACCACCGAAACUUCCUUCCGGCUGCACCCCAGAGGCCACGAUGUCGAUCCCUCGCAUUCUCCCACUACUUCAGCUUCCGAGCACGAGAAUCUUCCCGCGAUUGAGACUCUGAGCAUUCCGCAGCACGAUGUCCGGCGAGGGAAGUAUGUGGUUCUACAGAACAAAAGUGACCAACGACUGGACAUUAGUAGAUGGUACCUCGUUCAAGAAUGCGGGGAAGAUAAGGCUUGUCAUCGACUCCCGCCGCAUUUUAUAAUCGAACCGAGGAGCAAGGUGAUCAUAUGGUCCGCGGACGCCAAAGCGACCCAUCAGUCUCCAGUAAACUAUGUUCUGGAAGAAACUGUCUUGCCGUGGAGCGAGUCGGACGCUUUCGAUCUCGUCACCAAAAUAUAUGACCGCAGCGGCACAAGAAUAACAGAACGCAGGACUCGGAUCGGUCCCCGAGGUCGCGAUACCAGAGCUGAGCGAGACUUCCGCAGGGAUGCCAAGGAUUUUGUGCACAUGGAUAUCCUUGCGUCAUGCUCUCUUUGUUGAGCAAGAGUCGGGAGGCAUCUCGUUCGGCCAUGACGAUUUUUAAGCGAAUUGUGAGGAGUCAGAACCAACAUCUCUGAGAUCAGAAUUAACAUUCUAGUCGAGGCAGUACCUGUGUUCACUCGAAGAACCACCACCAUCACCGGCGGAAUAAGCCAAUCCUUUACGUUAUAUUCUAUCAAAUCAAA